CACAAUCUCUUCAUACCUGCUGUCAUAGAGCUGUUAACAUAAACAUAAUAUCACUGCAGGCUACAGUAUGUUCUUUUGGAUUUCGAAAGAGGGGAAUCUCUAGGACAAUUGGAAAAUCGUGUCCUCAAUUGAUACUUAAGUACAUUAUUAUUUUUUUUUAGUAAACAAUUCCAAACAAAUUCGCAGAAACCUAUCCUGGGGGAGGAGCAAAGGUCUGCUCAUUAUAGCAGACCUGAAAGUUUCCUUCAGAUUAAUCUGUGCUGGUUAACAGAAUCAGUCAUGGAGCUGCUGCUGCCGAUACUUCUUGGCUUUCUUGCUUGUCUGGUCGGAGGGCUGUACCUUCUCGGAGUGUUCAGACAGCGGCGACCAGGAGAACCCCCCCUCGAUAAAGGGCUCAUUCCUUGGUUGGGUCAUGUCUUAGAGUUUCGCAGGAACACCUUGAAGUUCCUAGAGAGAAUGGAGAAGAAGCACGGUGAUAUAUUUACAGUACAGCUGGGAGGGUUUUAUAUUACAUUUGUCCAGGACCCUUUUUCAUUUGGGGGGUUCAUUAAGGAGAGUCGGGACAAACUGGACGCUCGAAAGGUUGCUCUGCAUCUGGCGCACAGAGUGUUUGGAUAUAAAGCUGUUGAAGGGUGGCACGGUAUUCUCCGCAUUACCAGCAACAAGCACCUGAAGGGGGAAGGUCUGCAAGAACUGACCCAGUCUUUUAUGAGUAAUUUGCAGAACAUGUUGUUGCACAACAUUGGAUCAGCUGCAGAGGACAGGACCUGGAAAGAAGAUGGACUGUUCAGGUACAGCUACAAUGUUGUUUUCAGAGCUGGAUAUUUGGCCUUGUUUGGCAAUGUGCCACCCAAGUCAGAACAAAGUGAGGAGAAAGCCAAAGAGAAAGACAGAGCUGAAUCAGAAGCUUUGUUUCAGGAGUUUC